AUGUCUGGCAUCCCACAAGUUGCUGCGAAGGAGAACGGCGGAGUGCCAUUUCCCUAUCCGAUGCUAAGCCCUCACAAUUAUACUGUGUGGGCAAUAAAGACAGAGGCGAUUCUUGAUGCCCAGGGAGUCUGGGAGGCGGUGGAGCCAACGGAAGGAGCCCAAGUAGAUAUAAAGAAGGACAAAAAGGUGCGUGCAUACAUCUUGCAAUGUAUCCACGAAGACAUCCUUCUCCAGAUUGCUAACAAGAAGAUGGCGAAGGAAGUCUGGGACAGCCUCAAGACGAGGUACCUUGAUAGUGAUCGAGUGAAGAAAGUACACGUACAAACGUUGAAGAGCGAGUUUGACGCCCUCCGGAUUAAGGAGACCGACACGAUUGAUGAGUUUGCUGGCAAACUCAGUACUAUGAGCAGCAAGUUCUCUGCCCUUGGUGCCACGCUUGAAGAUUCAUCUUUGGUAAAGAAGUUACUUGAUUCUGUCCCUGAUAAGUUUUUCCCUAUUGUUGGCGGUAUUGAGCAGUUUCACGAUCUUGAGACGAUACCAUUUGAGGAGACUAUUGGGCGACUGAAAGCGUACGAAGAACGAACACUACGUCUACGCGCCAACACCAACAACACUGAAGGUGAGCUCCUACUUACUCAUGCCGAAUGGCAAAUGCGACAGAAGGGGGGCAACGUGGACACUUCGUCAGGAGCCAAGGGGCGUGGGUCCAACAGCCCUAGUCAUAGCAAAUGGCGUGGGCGUGGGCGUGGGCAUGGGCGAGGGCGCGAUCGUGGUCGUGGUACGCCGAGCCAAGACAGUGCAGGAGGCACUAGCAGCAACGGCAGAGGCACUCGUGACAAGAGUCGUAUAAAGUGCUUCAAUUGUGAGAAAAUGGGUCAUUAUGCAUCCGAAUGCUACAACAAGCGUCGUGAUGAUGAGGCUCACCUCACUUGCGCCACCGAUGAAGAGCCAACAGUGAUGAUGACUGUGUCCCACGAGGAGUCUGACACUAGGCGUGAGCGGCAGGAUACCAUUCUGCUCAGUGAAGAUAGGUUGCUACCGGAGAUGUACCGCGACAUUAAUAAAGGAGACAAAGACGUCUAG